UGAGGAGUUCCGAAACCCAAAUUAAUAUUUUGUCAUCCUCAAAUGGAUCAUGUGAUGUGAGUUUCGGUUUCAUUGUCUUCUCUGAUCAAAGAAUUAAUCGAUACCAGUAUGGAUUCUUAUUCCAAAAGAAAUCGACAAUUCAACAAUCAAUAAAAUCGGUUACAGAAAAGUGACUCAUCAGCAUAGCCGCCACAGUUUGACAGUAAUUUUUCCAGUUGGUGGUCCAGAGUCGGAAAUUUCUAAUUUUGUUGUUUAUCUCAACGAUCAAUAGACAUAUUCAAAUCUGAUAAGGACAUGUUAAAAAGACUUGGAAACUUUUAAAAAUAAUUUCAAAGAAUGUAACGACUCUGGUAUCUGACAAAUAAGUUUCUGCUUUGAUAUUUAUAUACAGUUUGUAAACCUAUUCUUUUUUAUGCAAGUUUUCCAUUUAAACAAAAUUGAGAAUGACCAGUAUUUCACAUGUGCAUACUGUAGCGCCACCUCCUGAUGUAACAUUUGCAGCCCCAGGAUUGCCUGAUAACCGUAUUCCAAGGUCACCAACACGUACAAAUACAAGGGGCAAUGAAGAAAGUUCACCUCUGCUAGUUUCUAGAGUUGAACAUGAGUAUGGGUUAUUUGAAAAUAAUUUCCCAGAUGAUCCAAAUUUUCAAGAAAUAAUCAGAGAAGCUGAAGCAGCAAUUGAUCAAGGAAUUCUGCCAGAAAGAAUCUAUCAAGGUUCAAGUGGAAGCUACUUUGUUAAAAAUACAGAUAUGAAAAUUAUUGGUGUGUUCAAACCAAAAGAUGAAGAACCAUAUGGCCAACUCAAUCCAAAGUGGACUAAAUGGAUGCAUAAAAUUUGUUGCCCAUGUUGUUUUGGUAGAAAUUGCUUAGUCCCAAACCAAGGAUACCUGUCUGAGGCAGGUGCUAGUCUCGUAGACUCAAAACUUCAGUUGAAUAUAGUCCCAAAAACUAAGGUAGUGAAGUUAUCUAGUGAAACAUUUAAUUACACAGACAUCGACAGGUUAAAAUCCAGGACAAAACAGAGCAUAUUACAGAAAGUACCAGCCAUAGGAAAGAGAUUUCAUAGACUGGGUUUACCACCAAAGACUGGUUCAUUUCAACUGUUUGUGACUGAUUUCAAAGAUGCAGAUUUUUGGCUUCGAAAAUUUGAUCAUGAAGAUCUCCCAAUUUCUACAGCGACAAGAUUACAGCAUUUAUUUGAAAGACUUGUAGUAUUAGAUUAUAUAAUUAGAAACACAGAUAGAGGAAAUGACAACUGGUUAAUAAAAUAUGACCCAGUGUCAUCACGAGGCAGCUCAGGGACAGAUAUAGAGGAUGGUGAAUGGAGUUUAGUUGACAAUCCUGACAUCAGUGUAGCAGCUAUUGACAAUGGAUUAGCAUUCCCUUUCAAACAUCCUGAUGAAUGGAGAGCUUAUCCAUAUCAUUGGGCAUGGCUACCACAGGCAAAGAUUCCAUUUUCAGAUGAAAUCAAAGACUUAGUAUUACCACAACUAUCAGAUAUGACAUUUGUAGAAGACUUAGUGGAUGAUUUGUAUGAACUCUUUAAGACAGAUAAAGGUUUCGAUAGGAGAACUUUUGAAAAACAGAUGUCUGUGAUGAGAGGACAAAUUUUGAAUUUGACUCAAGCAUUAAAAGAUGGAAAAUCACCAGUACAACUAGUACAGAUGCCAGUAGUUACAAUAGAAAGAAGUAAAGGACUAGGUGGGCGUGGCAGAACUGACAGUGAAACAUUUACACAGAGCUUUGCACACAGAGCUCCAUUCUUUUCUUGGUGCUGAUGUAAUGGAAAAUUAACUAAAAAAUCACAUACUAUUGAUGCUUUUCUUUUUAUAAAAGAAAGGAAAGAAGAUGGAAAGAAGAGACAUAUAUAUAUUGACCUGAUAAUUUUGGAAUCCAAAUAUGCUUUAAUGCUUAUUUUAAAAUAGCUGUAAAGCGUUACUGUGAAGUAUGGGACAAAGUUCCAGAGUGAUAGUUUAUUCUGCUCUCACAGUCAGAUUCAGUAAAAUAUAUAUUUUGGUUACCUAAAUUAUUUUUUGACACACAAUAUUUUCCUCAAUAAUUUUUAGUCACCAAAAAAUUUUUACUUUCUGUAAAUAAUUCUCUAUAAUUGAAAUUAAAAGUAAGACAAAAUCAAGAAUGUUGUAGAGAAAAAAAAGAAUGCAAUAAACUUACACCUAAUAAAAAAAAUCGUUGCUGCCUUAAAUUCAUGGGAUAAUGUCUUUUCAACAGAUGAUAUUAUUAUUUUGCCGUCACAAUAGUUUUAAAAUGCACAAAAUAAUGUGUAACAUUUAACACAUAUUGUUAUUAGUUAAGCUUAUCAUGUUCAAUUAGUACCACUGCAUAAUCAUUGUUUAUCUGUCUCAAAGGGAAAUCUCUUACUUACUGUUCUUAUAAUUCAGCUUUAAAGGAAAAUGUUUGAUAUUGUAUGCUGUAUUAAAAAAUGCUGAUCAUUGUUAUUUUAUAAAGCAACAACAGCAUGAAACAGAAAUUUUCCUGAUAUUUAAAAAAAUCAUAAGUUUUCAUUUUCUCUUAGGUUUGGCAAAGUAAAGUUGGGUUGCACCUCUUAGAAUUAAUGAUGUCCCAGAUAAAGGACAUGUCUUGUAUCUUGCUGUACAAUCCAUGAUUUAAACAUUUUAGAUUUUAAAAUGAUCUCAAGUUUUUUCUUUAAUCAAUUCAAUGAUUUCAAUCAUGACAAAGAUCAUUUUUAAACUGCAUAAUUAUAUAUUUUAUAUCAUCAGCAUAACAGAUUGGGAUCUCUGUCCAAUAAUUUGCAUCACAUGUUGGUAUCAUACAUUUGUAAAUCAGCAACUCCUGGCCUUGCGGUAAUAAAACUUUCAAGCACGAUUUUCGUACUCAGGCUCAGAAAUCAACUAAUCAAAAUACUGGAUUUGGUGUUUUGAGCACAAAUUUUGUACUCCGAGCACUGAGUUAAGUUUUAUGACCGAGGGCACACACAUCUCUGAUUUCACAAUGCCUCAUGAACAUACUGAGUACAAUAAGCCCCCUGCACAAAUUUUUUUCUAUAUAAAGGUAUUGGUGCUGGUUUUAAAUGUCUAUCUUCGUAGUAUAAUGGAUUAUCAAUAAAGCCAUUUGUAGUGAUCAAUUCAAUGAAUACAUAUAGCAGAUAAAAACAGGCCUCUGGUAUUAAGUUUUCAAUAUUUGACAAAGCAAUAGAAUAUUUGUUCCCUAUGUUUGUGAAUUAGAAUAGGUCUCAACAAAUGUUACCUUUUUGGCAUUAAUCAUUGAUUUAAUGAAAUCAAAUACUGAUAAAUUGGUUGAGUGCUAGAUGUAAGCUGCUAUGAAGUUACUGGAAAAGUUUCAGGACCAAAGAGUUAUUUGUUUACAAACUGCAACUCAUGACAAUUGCUUAUUUGGAACUCUGUGCUUUGGUGAGUUUUAUGAUGAACUUUGUAUGGCAUUGUGUAUUUUUAAAGUGAUCCUUCCGAAAGGCCACUAAAUUUGCCUAAAUUUGCAUAACUAAAAAGAUAUGUUAUGUAAUUCACAAGUAGACAACCUAACUAUAAACUUGCGUCACAUUUAAUUAAAGAUGGGGUUAUCUGUGAGUCACUCCUCUUAUUUUGUAAUACAUUUAAAUGACAUUAAUUAGAAAUUAGUGUCACUAUUAACCUUUUCUUUAAAAGCAAAUUCCUAGAUUACCUAAAUGUUAAAGCCAUGCCCAGUCAUGUAAACUUAAUACAGUAAUAAAAAAAAAUGCUUCUGUUUUGUACUUAAUUUUUGAAAAUAUGAGUUCUUGUGAGUGAAUGAUUUAGAAAAGAAUGAGAAUUAAGAAGAUGGUAAUGUGUAUGUAAAUAUGUAAUUGAAGUUUUGUGAUGAUUUCAUAAAUUGUUGAGGAGGACCAAGGAUUUGAAACUGAUUGUUGAAGUUAUAUUUUAUUUAUUCUGGCAAAUAUAGAAAAUUCCAAAACCGUUGUUAGUGACAAUUGGAAUAGUUCUAUUAAUACAUAUAUAUUUUCAUGUGUUUUAUGGUCCAAGAUUUUUAUUGUCGAGCCUUCGACUUUUGUCGAAAAAGCGAGACAUAGCGAUCCUACAUUCCGUCGGCGGCGGCGGCGGCGUCCACAAAUAUUCACUCUGUGGUUAAAGUUUUUGAAAUUUUAAUAACUUUCUUAAACUACCCUGCAUUUCUACCAAACUUGGACAGAAGCUUGUUUAUGAUCAUAAGAUAAUAUUCAAAAGUAAAUUUUGUAAAAAAAAAAUUCCAUUUUUACCGUAUUUUACUUAUAAAUGGACUUAGUUUUUCUGCCAGGAAACAUUACAUUCACUCUGUGGUUAAAGUUUUUGAAAUUUUAAUAACUUUCUUAAACUAUCCUGGAUUUGUACCAAACUUGGAAAGAAGCUUGUUUGUGAUCAUAAGAUAGUAUCCAGAAGUAAAUUUUGUAAAAAAAAAAUUCCAAUUUUCCGUAUUUUACUUAUAAAUGGACUUAGUUUUUCUGCCAGGAAACAUUACAUUCACUCUGUGGUUAAAGUUUUUGAAAUUUUAAUAACUUUCUUAAACUAUCCUGGAUUUGUACCAAACUUGGAAAGAAGCUUGUUUGUGAUCAUAAGAUAGUAUCCAGAAGUAAAUUUUGUAAAAAAAAAAUUCCAUUUUUUUCGUAUUUUACUUAUAAAUGAACUUAGUUUUUCUGCCAGUUAACAUUACAUUCACUCUGUGGUUAAAGUUUUUAAAAUUUUAACAACUUUCUUAAACUAUCCUGGAUUUGUACCAAACUUAGACAGAAGCUUUUUUAUGAUUAAAAGCUAGUAUCUAAAAGGAAAUUUUGUUAAAAUUUUGUUCCAUUUUUUCCGUAUUUUACUUAUAAAUGGACUUAGUUUUUCUUCCAGUUAACAUUACAUAACAGUCUGCAGUUUAAGUUUUUAUUUUAAAACAUUUAUUAGAUUCAUAAACUAUCCUGGAUUUUUCCAAACUUGGACAGAAGCUACUUACAAUCAAAAGAUAGUAUAGAGAGGAAUAUUUUUAUUAAUUUUUUUUCUCAUUUUUGUUGAGCCUGUGAUUAACAGCAGAAGUAGGCGAGACACUGGGUUCCGCGGAACCCUUACGAAUUUUUUUCUAACUAAUGGAGGGGCCUCAUUGGCCAAGUGGUCCAAGUAGUCAAACUACUGUAUCUGAGGUUAUGAGUUCGAAUCCCGCACAUGGUGCGCUAGACUCCAAUCUUAACUAGGAUUGUCAGUUUUCCUACCAAAGGUCGUUGGUUCUCUCCAAGGUACUCUGGCUUCAUCCACCAAUAAAAACUGACUGCCACGAAAUAGCACAAUAGUGUUGAAAGUGGUGUUAAACACCAAUCUAUCAAUCAAUCAAUCAAUCUAACUAAGGGAUAAUUUUUAGGUGACAACCUUUUCAAAAUAUAUUUUCAUAUAAAUUUCAGGUAAGCAUAAUGAAUAAAUAGCAUGGAUUUAUAUGAAUUUUAUAAACAAAAUACAUAAUAUUCUUCACAGAGUCAUGAAUUGUUAUGAAGAUGCAUUUCUUAAUUUUCUGUAAAAUUGCCAAUUGUAUGCCACAUAUGUAAACAUUGUUGGAGAGAAUGAUACCUUAGUACACUAAAUUGGGAAAUGAUUUAAAUCUUUUUCAUCCUAUACAAUUGUAUUUGUAUUUUAUAUGAGGGAUGAGAAAAGAGAUAUGGAAAAUGAGCAGUGUUGCAAUAUGUAUAUGACAUGUGAUAUUUUUAACUUGUUAUUGACAUUGAUUUCAGGAAAUUAAAUUAAAAUUAUUAAUUCAG